AUGAACGAUUUGACGGAAAGUCAGUUAAAUAACCUUCGAGAUUAUUUGGAUGAACAAUUAUUAAAUGUUUCUCAAAAGUUUCAAAAAAAAUUCCUUCCAGGAGGCUUUCAAUCACUGGAUGAUUUAAUUCGUGAUAUUGAGCCGUAUUUUCGAGUGCUGGCAGCCAUGCCUAUGCAAAGAGACUCUUUUUUGGCCGUCAACGCUACUCUACGAGGGUUGGACUUCUUUGUUGAUUCGAUUGUUGCUUUUCCCCCAGCACCUGAACCCAUGUUUCAAGCUUUGUCGCUUUUGGAUAGCUUGUGUCUCAAACUCGUUCAGCAUGGAAAUAUUUCUACUACAGAUACAAUCCGUUUAAAAAGUCUUAUGGAGAAUUCGCGUAUGGUGGUAAUUUCCAAACUUGGCGAGGUUCAAGGAUUCGAACUUGAAUGCUCUUCUGUUUUUGAAAGAACCCUCAAUGAUAUUGACUUUUGA